UUGGAAAGCGCGAACGAAUCAGUCGUGUCUGCUCUGAGUCGUGCUAUUCAGUUGUCUGAUUUGCUAGAUACGAUAUCGCGUAUCGAGUAUUUUCGAUGUCUGGUUGAUAUUGACUGAAGAGAUAUUUGCAAUUGUACAAUACAGUGAUUCUGAACCAACACGUCACAUGAAGAUGUCAGCAGUGAGGUGGAUCGUCCUGGCAGAAUGGGUCGUUACUUACAAUGCCAUAUCGUCGAUCGGUUUUGUCAUCGGGCCAGGCAAUCUGAUGGCAACCACUGGAGGUUUCAAGUUUGCAGUCACCACGACAGCAUUCGUUUUCCUCAUCAAUUUUAUUGUAUCGUGGUGGCUUGUCCAUCCCGACCAGCACACGAACAAAGAUCAUACAAACACUGACAGUGAUGAUACGUUUAGUUUCAAAGGGUCGAUAGCAUUCAUGAGAUCAGAGACAUGGCCCAAAGUGUCCGGUCUCAUGUUGGAACGUUUUAUAAUCAGUGUUAGUGUUUUAAUGCUUCGUAGCAACUUCAGCUUGUUUUUGGAGCACAAGUAUAAUGCCGGACUGAAGAUAAUAGGAUAUAUAGUGUCAUUCAGUGGAGUCAUUGUCUUUGGAUCUGCUAUGAUUACAGGAUUUGUUACUCGAAUGUACGGCAAUGAGUCAAGAUUGAUGUUUCACUCGUCUCUGUUGAUGCUUGCUUCUCAGAUUGGUCUCAACUUUGCUACACAUAUUUCGUUUAUCUUCGUUUUACUGAUUCCUUUUGGGUUUGCUUCGUCGGUGAUGCGUGUUGUCGUUGCUCAUCUUCUGUUGCAGAGAGUCUCGCCGAGAGAGAAGGGUGAGGUGAUAGGAAUGGGACAGUCAAGCAUCGCAUUGGCUCGGAUUGUUAGUCUGCAGUUGGCUGGUCUAGCUAUGGAACACAGUACUGAGUUACCAGGAACGAUUGGAAUAGCAUUUGCUGCUUUGGCUAGUGGACUGAUCUACAAACGUACUGUAUAUCGUGUCGAACAAAAGAAAGAUUGAUAACAUGCAAUGGUUGCCUAGUGGCA